AGAGAGGAGGGAGGGGGAGAGAAGCGCGCGAGUCAUGGUUUCGUUUAGCCAGAGUAGUCUUCUUCUUCUUCCUUCUUCUCCUCUCCAGAGCUUCCAUGGAAGCGUACGGACAAUCCUAUCUGGUUCAAGAGAGUCUUCGUUUUCUACCUUGAACAUGUAUGGCUUGUUCAACGAUGCCAAAAGGAAAUUUUAAGAUAUCUGAGAAACAUAAACGAAUCCUUCCUGAUCUGCUCGGCGGUUUAGUUGCCAGCUUGGAACACAGGGAAAACGACGGUGGAGGCUCGAGUUUACGCUUCGAGCCUGGCAAAGAGCUCGAAACACUCCAGUUGAAGGGAUCUGAAUCAGAGCACGAAAAUGAUGACGAAGUGAAGACUGAUGGGGAUUUGGAUUUGACGAACCGGUGGAGAAUCAGCAGGGAGGUUGAGGCGCCAGUUUCUGUUUCCGAAAACAUUGACGCAGAUGAGAAGAGGUCCGAAUUGGAGUUUGAGCUGUCUCAGAAGGUUAUAAACUUGGAAAGAUUGCAAAGGAUUGCUAGUUCCGGUCUCCCUGAUGGAGGAGGUCUGCGUGCAAGAGUUUGGAAGCUACUGUUGGGUUACUUGCCUGCCUCUCGUGAUCUAUGGGAAGGGGAGUUGCUUGCAGAUCGAUCAAAAUAUGCUAAACUAAAAGAGGAGCUGCUCUCAAGUCCUCUUAAUUCUGGGCAGUCAGAGGUCACUAGAAGAAAGGAUGAAGCUUUUUCUUCUUGUGAGCUGAAAGUAGACAAUGAUAAGGAUGGAAUGCUAAAGAGACAUGAGAUUUCUCAUGAAGACCACCCUUUGAGUAGUUGUAAGGCUAGUGUUUGGCAUCAGUUUUUCAAGGAUUCAGAGAUUGCAGAGCAGAUUGACCGUGAUUUGGUACGCACUCACCCAGAAAUGAAAUUCUUCUCAGGGGAUUCAUCAUUUAGCCGCAAAAACAGGGAAGCAAUGAGAAAUAUUCUCCUCCUAUUCGCGAAACUAAACCCUGCGAUCCGUUAUGUGCAAGGAAUGAAUGAAGUCUUGGCCCCAUUAUACUAUGUGUUUUGCAGUGACAGCAACAAGCAAAGUUCUUCAAAUGCAGAAGCGGAUAGUUUCGCCUGUUUUGUUCGACUAUUAAGUGACUCUGUUGAUCACUUUUGCCAACAAUUAGAUAAUAGCUCUGUGGGAAUCCUCUCCACUCUUUCCCGCUUGUCCGAAUUAUUGAAAACCAACGACGAAGAGCUGUGGCGGCAUUUACAGAUCUCCAAUAAGGUUAAUCCGCAGUUCUAUGCAUUCAGGUGGAUUACACUGUUGUUAACCCAGGAAUUCAAUUUUAAUUCUAUCUUGAGGAUAUGGGAUUCCUUACUAAGUAAUCCUUUUGGUAUUCAGGAUAUGCUGCUCCGAGUUUGUUGUGCUAUGCUGUUGUGUGUGAAAAGCAGGCUGUUGAGUGGUGAUUUUAUGGCUAAUUUAAAGCUUCUUCAACACUAUCCUGAGAUCAACAUUGAGUACCUCCUACAAGUAGCUCAAGAGUUGACUCCUGACACAUCAUCCUUUCAUUUGUCUCCAUAAACUAACUGUUUAUGUACAUAGUAGACAUUGAUUGACCUAUUUAAGUAAUAUCAGUCACAAGGGAGAGAGAGAAGAAUAUCCUCUCUAUGCCUGACAUGGUUGUCCAGUUCCAUCACUUGGGCUAAUAUGACCUUAAGUUACAUAUUUGUCACCAUCUGACUGAACAUUUUUUACCCAUUGUGGAUGAUUGAAUGAUUUUGUUGAAAUGGAAAUGCAAUUUGAGGCAUAAACCAAUGGAGAUUGCCA